UCUGCGCUGCAGUCCACUGGCACAAGCAUCAUUCCAUGGAUUCCUCACCUUUCCUCUUGUGAGGUAGCUCCCCCCCCUCCCCUCUCCCAAGCCUCCCUUCUCCUGCGCAGCUCGGAGGAGUUGCCCCUCUCCCUCCACCAAUUCAUGCCUGCCUGCCUGCCUGCCGUGCUCUGCAAUCCAUGUCGGGUUCAGAGAGCACGACCGGUAACCAUCUGCCCCAGCUGCGAUCCAUUCGAAUACCUGGUGAUGGUAGAUGCUUGUUCAGAUCUGUGGUUCAUGGUGCUUGCCUGAGAGCAGGGAAACCAAGUCCAAGUGAAAGUAUUCAGAAAGAACUUGCAGAUGAGCUGAGAUCAAAAGUGGCAGAUGAAUUCAUCAGGAGAAGAACAGAUACAGAGUGGUUUCUUGAAGGUGACUUUGAUACAUAUGUGAAGCAGAUCAGAAAGCCUCAAGCAUGGGGUGGUGAGCCUGAGCUGCUCAUGUGUUCUCAUGUUCUUAGGAUGCCAAUCACUGUUUACAUGUCUACCGACAGCUCCGAUGGCCUCAAGAUAAUAGCAGAGUAUGGUCAAGAGUAUGGAAAGGAGAAUCCAAUUAGAGUUCUCUAUCAUGGAUAUGGACACUAUGACGCAUUGCAAAUGCCUCUCACCAAAACAAAGUCAAAAUGGUACAUGAAAAGUUGAAGAAUUGCAUAGAAAACAAGAUCCACAAGAUUUCAGAUUACUUGAUGUUCUUACAUGAAGAAUCAUUUUAGAGCUAAGAAACGUAUCAUCUCAACCUCAAGAAAUCAACUGUCAACAACAUCAAAUGUCAACCAUCCUCCUUGGGUGUAUGAUGACACAGCUUAUUGAGUUCCAAGUCCAUGAUAUCAUGAUCAUCAAUUCAUAGUAUAUGUUCAUCAUCAAGUAUAAAUGAGUUGACACCUCUGAUGCAUAUGUGUUCUUGUUCCCUUAAUACAUACUAUGAAGCAAAUGUAUUCUGAUCAAUUGGUUCCAUAAACACCUCAAUUUCAAGAUUGCUGAAUACAAUAAUUGAGCUGAAGUGGUA